AAAUCGUACUAUCUUGAAUCGUGGUCCGGUCGUCCAGAAUUGAAAAUAAUUUAUAUUAUGUCCAAAUGUCCAUUUACAAAUUUUGAAUUUUCGAAAAUCCAAAUCCAAAUUCUUAAUUAAUAGUUAAAAAUUAUUAUAUUAGUUUUAGGUUUUAAUCAAUUAUUACCCUUCCGAAUUUAUAAAUGUUCAAUAGUAUUUGAAAGUUAGGUAAUUAAUAUAGUAUUAUAAUAUUUUCAAUUGUUAUGACUUAAAAGUUUAUGUUUAAAAGUAUAGGAUGCGUCGGUGCUCGAUAACAGUAGUCAUUACAGGAAUACACUUCUGUAUCAAUUCAUAAUUCGUGUAAAUUAUUUUUGAAUAAUUCCGAAGUGAUGUCUAGUAAAUUGUCGUCAAAAUUAUUUAAUUUAUUAAAAAAGACGAGUUGCGCAUUAUGUUCAAAACGAUAUGUUGGUGUCAAUGUUAAACCAGAAAAUGUUGAUCCUUUUAUGGCACCUUAUAGUGAGUCACCUAAAGAUCAGCAGCGGUUAUAUGUGUGGGGUAUGGCCGAACAUGGCGCUCUAGGUGAUUUAAAAAUCAGAUCCAGAGAGCGUCAGAUACAGUUCAUAUACAGACCUGUGAGACUAAGGUUUUCAUAUUCUCAUAAAAUCAAGGAUUUAGCAUGCGGUUAUGGAUUUACAGUUUAUGCUGUUGAAAGCAACCAAUAUAAACUCUUUGGCUGCGGUUUAAAUACAGAUUCACAGAUAGGGUAUCAUGAUCCGCGAAAAGGGUAUCCUUUAGGAUUGAUAUUAGCCACUGUACCAAUUCAACUUCCUUUGAAAGAACCAAAUACUAAAAUAAAAGCAGUGGCUGCUGGUCGCGCUCAUACACUGGUAUUAACAAACACAGAAGGUGUAUAUGCUUUAGGUAGUAAUUGUUAUGGACAAUGUGGACGAAAAAUUAUUGAAAACGAAGACUUCAGUAAGCUACGAAAUGUGAAUAAUAUUACAUUAGAUGAUGGUAUUUCAAAGAUAAUUUGUGGCCAAGAUCAUAGUUUAUUCAUAACCAAAGCUGGUAAAGUAUAUUCAUGUGGAUGGGGUGCUGAUGGUCAAACUGGAUUAGGCCAUUAUAAUAAUGAAUCACAGCCUACUAUUGUUGAAGGAGACAUUAAAGGUGAAAAAAUUGUAAAAGUAGUAUCUUCGGCUGAUUGUGUCUUAGCCUUAAAUGAUCAAGGUGAGGUUUUUGGUUGGGGUAAUUCAGAGUAUGGUCAAUUACUAUUAGAUAGUGAUAAAUAUCAAGUAAAUAAACCAAGGAAAUUACCUUUGAGUAAAGGUAUGGGUAAAAUCACUGAUAUUGGUGCUACUGGAUCAGCUUGUAUAGCAUUGAAUGAUGAAGGUGUGGUCUUUGUGUGGGGUUUUGGUAUUCUGGGAAAGGGCCCUGAAAUGAACCAAAGCCGUGAACCCACUCCAAUACCAUCAAUUUUAUUUGGUAGAAAUCAAUAUAAUCCUGAAACCCGAGUGAAAUCUGUGUAUAGUAGUGUAUUUCACAUGGCCGCGAUUACAUCUGAAGGAAAUCUAUACACAUGGGGUAAAAAUAAAUGGGGCCAAUUAGGUCUUGGCCAUACAAAAGACCAAUAUUUUCCUUUACAAGUUUCAGUUGGUGCUGCUGUUAAACGUGUGAGUUGUGGAGUUGAUCAUAUGGUUGCACUAUGUAUACCAUACCAAUAAAACAAAACAAAAUAAUAGUUAUUUACAAACAUUAAUUUCUAUACCAACUAGUUAAUAAAUAUAUUGUUUAUUCUAUUUAUCUUUUCAUUUCAUGAUAA